GCCCUCAGAUCUUCAUGCACAGUCUCUCUCUGUCAGUAGAGAAGGAUCAGUGAGGGUGGGAGCUGUCUCCUGUUUCAUCUUUGUCUCCAGGUUUCAGCUCCAGUGUGUAGCAGAAAGGACUCAACAGGAUGUCUUCUUUAAAGGAGAUUUGCAGUGGUCUCCCCCUAGACCCUCUGCCUUCUAAUCGGGGAAGGGACCCCAGUGUGCCGCAUGCACCCAUCAGGACGCCCAAUCUUACAGCAGAGGAGGAGCGGCUGGCACUGAGAAAUGCCCUGCGGUAUUUCCCCCCCUCACACCAUGCGACACUUGCAUCUGAAUUUGCUCAAGAGCUGCGGCAGUACGGUCAUAUCUACAUGUACCGCUUCUGCCCUGCAAUGCGUAUGAGAGCUUACCCCAUAGAUGAGUAUCCAUGCCGCUCACGUCAGGCUGCUUCCAUCAUGCUUAUGAUCAUGAACAACCUGGACCCCGCCGUGGCUCAGUUCCCCCAGGAGCUGGUUACCUAUGGAGGGAACGGACAGGUGUUCAGUAAUUGGGCCCAGUUUCGCUUGGUAAUGCAUUACCUGAGUGAGAUGACGGAGGAGCAGACUCUGGUCAUGUACAGUGGUCACCCCAUGGGCCUGUUCCCCAGCCUGCCUUCUUCGCCCCGCGCCAUCAUCACUAACGGCAUGGUCAUUCCUAAUUAUUCCUCCAAAGAGCAGUAUGAGAAGAUGUUUGCUCUCGGUGUGUCAAUGUACGGUCAAAUGACAGCAGGCAGUUACUGCUACAUUGGACCUCAAGGAAUCGUUCAUGGCACAAUGCUGACUGUGCUGAAUGCAGGCCGGAGGUACCUGGGCUCAGGCGACCUGAGUGGGCGUGUCUUUGUCACUUCUGGCCUCGGGGGCAUGAGUGGAGCUCAGGCUAAAGCCGCUGUCAUUGCUGGCUGUAUCGGUGUAAUAGCAGAGGUGGAUGAAGCUCCGCUUAGAAAGAGGCAUGAGCAGGGCUGGCUGAUGGAGGUCACCAGCAACAUUGAGCACUGCAUUAAAUGCAUCAGAGAGGCAAAGAGCUCCAAGACUGCCCUAAGUCUGGGUUACCAUGGCAACAUUGUAGACCUAUGGGAGAGGCUGCUAUUGGAGUAUGAGAGGACAGGGGAGCUUCUGGUGGAUCUGGGAUCAGACCAGACCUCCCUUCACAACCCCUUUAAUGGAGGAUACUACCCCGUCCAGCUCAGCUUUCGUCAGGCCAAUCAGCUCAUGGCAACUGAUCCUAAUCGGUUCAGGUCUAUGGUUCAAGAAAGCCUACGAAGACACAUCAAGGCCAUCAACAAGCUGUCUGAUGCUGGCAUGUUCUUCUGGGACUACGGCAAUGCGUUUCUACUAGAGGCUCAAAGAGCUGGAGCAGAUGUUGAAAAAGUUGGUGGAGGAGCCACAGAAUUUCGUUACCCUUCAUAUGUGCAGCACAUUAUGGGAGAUAUUUUCUCUUUGGGUUUUGGCCCGUUUCGCUGGGUCUGCACAUCUGGGGACCCUCAGGAUCUUUCAAUGACAGACAACAUUGCUGCGACCGUCCUGGAGGAAAUUGGUGCCAGCGUUGCUGAUCGCAUCAGACAGCAGUACAAUGACAACAUCCGCUGGAUAAGAGAGGCUGGAAAACACAAAAUGGUUGUGGGAUCCCAGGCCAGAAUCCUCUACUCUGACCAGAAAGGAAGAGUCAGCAUUGCUCUGGCUAUAAACCAGGCGAUCGCUGAUGGAAGAGUCUCAGCUCCUGUGGUUAUUAGUAGAGACCAUCAUGAUGUUAGCGGCACGGACAGCCCCUUCAGAGAAACCUCAAAUGUGUAUGAUGGUUCUGCUUUCUGUGCGGACAUGGCAGUCCAGAACUUUGUUGGUGAUGCAUUCAGGGGUGCCACAUGGGUGGCUCUGCACAAUGGUGGUGGUGUUGGCUGGGGUGAGGUGAUGAACGGAGGCUUCGGUUUGCUAUUGGAUGGGUCAGAUGAGGCAGCCAAUCGAGCCAGACUGAUGCUCAACUGGGACGUUUCUAACGGGGUGGCUCGUCGCUGCUGGUCUGGAAAUGCCAACGCCUACGACACCAUCCAGCGCACCAUGGAGGACAACAGGCAGUUGCGGGUCACCAUGCCAUUUCCCGUCCAGGAUGAGCAUGUGCUGGAUAGAGCUCUGCAAGGCUGAGCAUUAGCUUAAGUGAACAGUCAGCUACUCUGAAACAAAACCUGUCUUUAGCUGGAUAUGGUUUGAAUCAGGUCUUGUUCAGCUGAUUAUUUACACAUUGAUGUCUUAAAAAAUCACGCUGGAAGACAGAUGGAUGCACUGAUAACCUGAAAACACUGUGUCAGAUCUCAUGCAGUCUUCUGCCAUGAACACACUAUAUGCAAAGUUAGCUUUAAUAUUGUGCUAUGCUGUUUUUAUUUAAUCUUUAAUCAUUAUUUUUUCUUGUGCUGAAAAUUAAACUCGAAUUGCAAAACAAAAUCCAUCUGAACCAUUUGUGUCAACCAAUUACAAAAUAUUUGGUCUUAAAUGUAAUGAGAGAUGAAAAUGACAAAACCACGAUUUUAAAUACAUUCUCAUAGUUUAUUUUACUCUGUUUUGUAGAAAAAUGUUAUUUUCUUUUAAAACUUGUCUUAAAUAUGUCAUCAUCCUGAGAUAGCAACAAGUUUUUUCCAUGAUGACUUAUUUUUCUACCUCUGUAGAGCCUGCAUUAACCAGCAUUGCUAUUCAAAGUAACAAGAUGAAUAAGUCAAGAUACUGGAUGGCUGCAUGUCCUUUUAAGACUUCCAUAGAAAAUGGAGAAAUGUAGUGACACCUCAUGCAGAAAGCAAAGACUGGAGGAUCUUCUGAAAUGAGGCUAAAUCUGUUUUGAUAACACUAAAACAACAAGCACUCCCAUCCAUAAAUGCAGAUAUAUUCUGCUUUUAUUUUCUCCUACAUACUCACUGGUGAUGUUAAAAGAUGCAGAGACAAAACUGCAUUUUAAAUAGGGUGCUGUGAGUCACAACUCUGUUGAAAGCUGUGGAAGAACCAUAAAUAGUCAUAAAUCAGCAAGCAUUUUGAUCAGAUAAUCAGAAGCCCUCUUAGUGCAUGCAUCCUUCUUUUAACCAAAUCAAAUUUCUUGUUAGAACAGUGUAUUUGCCUUUGUUUUUUCAGGCUUAAACACAUUUUUCUCAAUAUCUAAUAAUAAAGUCCUAAUAAAAUACUGACUCUUAUCAUCUGGAUUCAAAAAGGCUUGAUUUUUUAGGGCAGUUUAGAAAAAUAAAAUAUUGGGCUGCUCCCAGGCCGCAUGCCCUGCUACUAUAGCCCACAUUAAUCAGGUAAAUUAAGGCCAUUUCAGUUUGUUUUUCACAUUUGAGACUCCUGAAUACAAGACUGGAAACCACUCAUUAUCACAGGAAAACUGUCUUGAAUAAAAUAGAUAACUGUCUGACUUUGUUGUUUCAGUAGCUGCCACACCUCUUGUGUCAAAUUUGAAUGAUUUCAUGGCUUUUGAUGGGUAUAAUAGUCUCCCCAAAUCCAGAUUGCAUUACCCUACAUUCAUCACAAGGUUAAC